UGGAUUUUGGCCAUCCUAACAGGUACAGCUCCAUGUCCCAGCCAACCAUGGCGAUACCCCUGCACUUCCCACUGCUCCUUCUGGCAGCCAUGGUGGCUGGCUAUGCCGCAAGACCCGCAAGACCCGAACUCAGGAGCUCUCAACUAAUGCUUGGCGGUCUGGAGGAGGCAGACAUGCACGAGGAGGGCGUGCAUCAGGCAAUUGACUACGCCAUCAGCGUUUACAACCAGGAGAACAAUGAUCCCUACUAUAGCCGUGUUCGCAGGGUGGUGCAUGCCCGCAAGCAGGUUGUCACUGGGACAAACUACUACUUGGAUUUGGAGAUAGGUCGAACCACCUGUACUAAGUCUCAGUCUGACCUGGCCGAAUGUCCCUUCGUUGAGCACCUACAUGAGCACAAGAGGACUUACUGCUCUUUCCAGGUCUACAUUGUGCCCUGGCUGCACACAAUCUCCAUGACACAAUACAGUUGUCAUAAUGACUAAGGGUAUGUGCCAGGCAGAACUGCAUUGGCCACCCCUUCCUCACUCCACUCCCCUGUAAUGCCCCAGACCCUCAGAUAUCCCCUAGCCCUUAUUGUGGCAGCACCAGCAGACCAGUGGAGAUGGCUUAUGUCACUCUUCCCUUGUUUGUUCCUUCUCAUUAUUUUUCAAACACAUUGGUGCCUGGCCUAUAAGCACCUCUCCUGCCUUUCUCAAUAAAAUAGUGACAUAUA